AUGUCUUCUCAUAUCUCAGGCGGCCUCCCAGCAGGAUCCCCACCAGGCUCACCCGCAAUGUCUCCACCAGGCUCCCCACAGCAAGGAAAUCGAGAACUAGAAGCUUGGUUGUAUACCAUCAUUCUGCUAGGAGCUAUCGAAUUUCUAUUGCUCUUUAUUCAGGAAAAGUGUCGGGUCUUAAUCAAUUUCAUUGAGGAUGUUGAUGAUGAUGCAUAUAUGCUGCACCAGCAACAACAACAACAACAGCAACAACAGCAAGAAGAAGAAAUACCUCUAACGGCGAAGAUUUUGAAAACUUUGAAGAUACAAAUGAAGGCUACGCUAUUGCUUACUCUUUUCAUAUUCAAGGAGAUCGUAUUCAGCUUUUUUGCUUAUAUCGACUUGUUCUUUACCUCGCACCUUGAGAACUUUGGAGCGUUCGUCCUAAGGAAACUUGGUUAUUUUCGAGAUGUCGACUACGUCAAUCCACAAAGAAUGUUCUUGAUUCGUGGCACAGAGACAAUGAGAGGCCGAGCCAGGGUGACCAUUCGGAGAACGGCAGCAUGGUUUGCAUUUGCCUUGUUGAUACCUUUUGUGCACGAGAGCAUGAUGAAUAUGGCAGAAACAAACUUGGAAAUAACGCACACCAACAUCGUAUCAUCCUUUGAGCACAUGUGGCACCCAAAGAAACCCAAGGCAAUCGAGUGGGAAGCAGGCAUGGAAAAAACGACGUUUAGCGAUAACACCACAUCAAGGUCACCCUUCUCAACACCAUCGUCGUUCGACGAUUACGAGGCUUUCAAGGCAACGGAACCAUGUCCUUAUGGAUUUUUCUCUUCAAUGUUGCCAAAAUGGUUAUGGAUGUUCAAUCCCAAUACCGUUCUCUGUAAAUCAUGUCGGCGUUUUAUAGCGAUGGGUGGAUGCGACCAAAGCAAGGAUACCUUGCAUGACUUUGCAUUGGCAACACUUGGAUCUCGCGUGCUAACGGAGCUUACAUCACCGACCUUUGGUGAUGAAAAUGACAAGGGGUGGGUUUCCACAUUGAUCAAGAAGAAACAACAAGAUGUUAUCAAUCAACGAUCUACCUCCAGCCCUCUUGUUGCUCUAUUGCCAUGGACAAGUCCUGGUGAAUGUUGGCCUAUGGCUGGCAAACAUGGAUCACUCGGUGUGGAAUUAAGCUAUCCCGUGGCAGUGAAAGCAAUCUCGGUUGACUACUUAGGUCAGCACCAAGCCGUUGCCAUGGGCAGUGCACCAGGGGAUUUUGAAGUAUGGGGAUUGAGAAAAUACAAUGAGGAGCGCUCCUGGAAGUAUCCUUGGGAUUCCUUAGCAUCUGUGGUGGACAAUGAUGUUAUCUACCUUGGUAGAUUCAUGUACGACAUCACAAAGAGUCUUUCGGUGCAAACUUUUGAGCUCAAGCACGCCUCACCUCCUAUCAAGGCUGUAGUGUUUCGUUUUCUCAGUAAUUGGGGCCAAGAUGAUUAUACAUGCAUCUACCGCGUUCGUGUUCAUGGCGAUAAAGUAGCUUAA